UACAAGGGUAAGCGGUCGAACGACAACGCUUCAUUCUAAAACGACAAAAUGUUUCCGGAGGUUUGUUUCCUGUCUCCCAUUCGACAUGGUAAGCAGGGUAAGCAUGCGAUUUACGGCUUCACCAUGCAGACACAGCUCUUCCAGAUCGGCAUUUCCCAUCUCGAUUACUUUGGCUCGACAUUCCAUGGCUCGGUUUGACUACGCUUUAAUCCAGACAAGCCCUCAACACCCUCUCGGACUCUUUACGUGGCAAAAAUGGGGGAGAAUGGUAACAGAGAGGAUGGGUAGGGCAAAGGUGAAUUUCUUUGCAUGUUUUACUACCUUGGCUUCCUUAAUCGGGCUUUUGUUUCGGAACCAUUUUUCUCUGGCGGUAGGUAUGUAAGUAUGGAUGCUUGCAAUCGUGAGCGCCAGACAAUUAAGUGCAUCUCUUUUGUACGGUAUAGGUAAG